AGGUCCCCCUCAGGAAGGUGUGGGGAAUGGAUUUUGCUCCAGUGGGAAAAGCGUGUGUCUAGAAGUGGUGCUAAUGGGAAGAGAUUUCUGUGUUUCAAAAGAGGAUGAUUUGUCACAAAGAGAAGCUCGCUCAGUGGUCUGGGCUGUAGCCGUGUAGAUCACUGGAGAACUCUUGUGUUCAGGGAGAGAACUGAUCCGAAGAUCGGGUAAACAUGCCUGUUCGCAGAGGUCAUGUGGCACCACAAAAUACAUUUUUGGGGACCAUCAUACGGAAAUUUGAAGGGCAAAAUAAAAAAUUCAUCAUUGCAAAUGCCAGAGUGCAGAACUGUGCUAUCAUUUACUGCAAUGAUGGGUUCUGUGAAAUGACUGGAUUCUCCAGGCCAGAUGUCAUGCAGAAACCAUGCACCUGUGAUUUCCUUCAUGGGCCAGAGACCAAGAGGCAUGAUAUUGCCCAAAUAGCCCAGGCAUUGCUUGGGUCGGAGGAAAGGAAAGUGGAGGUCACCUACUAUCAUAAAAAUGGGUCAACCUUCAUCUGUAACACUCACAUAAUUCCAGUGAAAAACCAAGAGGGAGUAGCUAUGAUGUUCAUCAUCAAUUUUGAAUAUGUGACUGAUGAGGAGAAUGCUGCCUCCCCAGAGAGGUUCAACCCAAUAUUACCAACAAAACCUGUAAAUCGCAAACUUUUUGGGUUCAAGUUGCCUGGUCUGAGACUUCUAACUUACCGAAAGCAAUCCUUACCCCAAGAAGACCCAGAUGUGGUGGUGAUUGACUCAUCCAAGCACAGUGAUGACUCAGUGGCCAUGAAGCACUUUAAAUCCCCCACAAAAGAAAGCUGCAGCCCCUCUGAAGCAGACGACACAAAAGCAUUGAUACAACCCAGCAAAUGUUCUCCCUUAGUUAAUAUAUCAGGGCCACUUGAUCAUUCCUCUCCCAAACGGCAAUGGGACCGACUCUACCCUGACAUGCUGCAAUCAAGCUCCCAACUGACCCAUUCCAGAUCAAAAGAAAGUAUUUGUAGUAUACGAAGGGCAUCUUCAGUGCAUGAUAUAGAAGGAUUCAGUGUCCAUCCCAAGAAUGUAUUUAGGGACCGACAUGCAAGUGAAGACAAUGGUCGCCAUGUCAAAGUUUCACGUUCCUGGAUGGCAGGGGGGCCUUUUAAUCAUAUCAAGUCAAGUCUACUGGGAUCCACUUCUGAUUCAAAUCUCAACAAAUACAGCACCAUCAACAAGAUUCCUCAGCUUACUCUGAAUUUUUCAGACGUCAAACCUGAAAAAAAGAACACAUCCCCUCCAUCUUCUGAUAAAACAAUAAUUGCACCCAAGGUUAAAGAUCGAACUCACAAUGUGACAGAGAAAGUUACCCAGGUUCUAUCCCUAGGAGCAGAUGUUUUGCCAGAAUACAAACUACAGACUCCUCGCAUCAACAAGUUUACUAUAUUGCACUACAGCCCUUUCAAAGCCGUCUGGGACUGGCUUAUCCUGUUGCUGGUCAUAUACACUGCUAUAUUCACCCCUUACUCUGCAGCCUUUCUCCUGAAUGACAGAGAAGAGCAAAAGAGAAGAGAGUGUGGUUAUUCUUGCAGCCCCCUCAAUGUGGUAGACUUGAUUGUGGAUAUUAUGUUUAUCAUAGAUAUUCUAAUAAACUUUCGAACAACCUAUGUAAACCAGAAUGAAGAAGUGGUAAGUGAUCCAGCCAAAAUUGCAAUUCACUACUUCAAAGGCUGGUUCCUGAUUGACAUGGUUGCAGCAAUACCUUUUGACUUGCUGAUUUUUGGAUCUGGCUCUGAUGAGACCACAACAUUAAUUGGCCUUUUGAAGACAGCUAGGCUUCUGCGAUUGGUGAGAGUGGCACGGAAAUUGGACCGAUAUUCUGAAUAUGGUGCUGCUGUUCUCAUGCUUCUCAUGUGCAUAUUUGCGCUAAUUGCACAUUGGCUGGCUUGCAUUUGGUAUGCCAUUGGCAAUGUAGAAAGACCUUACCUGAUUGACAAAAUUGGAUGGUUGGAUACCUUAGGACAACAAAUUGGAAAACGUUACAAUCAAAGUGAUGCAAGCUCUGGACCAUCCAUUAAAGACAAAUACGUUACAGCACUUUACUUUACCUUCAGCAGUUUAACAAGUGUAGGAUUCGGGAAUGUGUCUCCUAACACCAAUUCGGAGAAAAUCUUUUCCAUUUGUGUCAUGUUGAUUGGCUCACUAAUGUAUGCAAGUAUUUUUGGGAAUGUAUCUGCAAUUAUCCAAAGACUGUACUCAGGAACUGCCAGGUACCAUAUGCAGAUGCUUCGAGUAAAAGAAUUCAUUCGCUUUCACCAAAUUCCUAACCCUCUGCGGCAGCGGCUUGAAGAAUAUUUCCAACAUGCUUGGACUUACACCAAUGGCAUUGACAUGAAUAUGGGGUUUCCAGAGUGUCUACAAGCUGACAUUUGCCUGCAUCUCAACCAGACUUUACUUCAGAACUGCAAAGCUUUUCGGGGGGCCAGUAAAGGUUGCCUCCGAGCUUUGGCUAUGAAGUUUAAGACAACACAUGCACCACCAGGAGACACCCUAGUUCACUGUGGGGAUGUUCUCACUGCACUUUACUUCCUAUCCAGAGGCUCCAUUGAAAUCCUCAAAGAUGACAUUGUCGUGGCUAUUCUGGGAAAAAAUGACAUAUUUGGAGAAAUGGUUCAUCUUUAUGCAAAACCUGGAAAAUCGAAUGCAGAUGUAAGAGCUUUAACAUACUGUGACUUGCAUAAGAUCCAGCGAGAAGACUUGUUAGAGGUUUUGGAUAUGUAUCCUGAAUUUUCUGAUCACUUUCUGACUAAUCUAGAGUUGACUUUUAAUCUAAGGCAUGAAAGUGCAAAGGCUGAUCUCAUAAGAUCACAAUCUGCGAAUGAUUCUGAUGGAGAGAAUUGUAAACUUCGGAGAAGGAAAUUGUCUUUUGAAAGUGAAAUAGAGAAAGAUUAUCGCAAAGGGACUAGUACACAUGAUCCUGGAGACUCCGUAGAUACCACAAGACGUUAUCAGUGUCCUAAGAAACAUUUUGAAGAGAAGAAAAGUGGAUCAUCAUCAUUUAUCUCAUCCAUUGAUGAUGAACAAAAACCUCUUUUCUCCAGAACAGUGGAUUAUGCUCCAGGAACUGAGAAAAGAACCAGCUUGAAUUCUGAAGAACAAACUAUGACCACUUCUGAAAGACUCCAUCUUGAUAAAAGAAGUCAUUCUUAUAAAGAUAUCACUGAUGCAAGAAAUUGGGAACAAGAAAAUUCCCGGGGACAUCAAGAGGUGCCUAGUCCCUCAGCAUACCACCGAGUUACCUGGGGGAUCUGUGAAACUGAAAGUGAUCUCACAUACGGAGAAGUGGAACAUCGGUUAGAUUUGCUCCAAGAACAACUUAACAGACUUGAAUCUCAAAUGACAGCUGAUAUUCAAACUAUUCUGCAGUUACUGCAGAGGCAAACUCCCGUGGUCCCACCUGCUUAUAGUAUGGUAACAACAGGGGCAGAAUAUCAAAGACCAACUCUCAAAGUAAUGAAAACUCAUCAGCCUGUAGCAUCUAUUAAAACUGACAGAAGCUUCAGCCCUUCUUCACAAUGUCCUGAAUUCCUAGAUCUUGAAAAAUCUAAACUUAAAUCCAAAGAAUCGCUCUCCAGUGGGGUGCACCUGAACACAGCCUCAGAAGACAACUUGACUUCACUUUUAGAGCAAGAACCUGAUCACUCUUUAGAGCUCCAUCCACAGCACAGUAAAACUUACCUUCAUCCCAUUAGGCAUCAUCCUUCUUUACCAGAUUCUUCCCUAAGCACUGUAGGAAUCUUGGGUCUUCAUAGGCAUGUUUCUGAUCCUGGUCUUCCUGGGAAAUAAUGAUUAUUAUUUUUUUUACUAUUUACUUCAUAUAAAAUUUAAGUGCUUUUAAUGGCUGUUUUCCUUUUUUUUUUUUUUUUGUAUUUAAAUCCUCUAUACUUGACUCAGGGGCUAACAAGUUACCAUUAUAUGCAAAAGUACUGUAUAUUUUCCUAAAUUAAAGCUUGUAAGGUAAAGUUGAGCAGUUAGAUGUAAAUAUACUUAAGAACUAUGUUCCAAAUGUUAAAACUGCCAGCAUCUCAAGGCACCUUAUAUUUUUUUUUAUUUUUUUUAACACCUGCAUGUUAGGAACUCCAACUCAUGUUGCAUGGACAAUAUCAUUUACUGCUUUCACUAAAACAGUACUUUGUUGUAAAAUGCCUUCCAAGUAAAUAAGAGGCCAGAGGAUGAUCUAGUUCAUGGACAUGACUCAGAAUAUAUUAAAUUAGCUCAUCUGAAGUUCAAAGGAGAACAAAAAAAAAUUGUCCAUUUUGAAAAGUUGUCAUCAUCUUUCUGUAUGGAGCAUUUUAUACUCAAUGACACUUAAGGGAUUAUAAAAUCACUAACAGGAGGAAAUAACCUCUUCCAAGUAAGUGUAGCUGUUUUAAAAAAGAUUGAACUUGGGGCAACUAGGUGGCACAGUGGAUAGAGCACCGGCCCUGGAGUCAGGAGUACCUGAGUUCAAAUCCGCCUCAGACACUUAACACUUACUAGCUGUGUGACCCUGGGCAAGUCACUUAACCCCAAUUGCCUCACUAAAAAAAAAAAAAAAAAAAAAUUGAACUCCUUGAGUUAGACUAUCACCAAUUGCAUUCAUAAAACACAUUAAUUCAGUAAUUUCCACUGGCAUGUUUGACUACAAAAGGACACAUUUUUCUUUAAUUUUUCUUUUCUUGACCCUUCUCAAAACUUAUAAAACUUGGCUGACACACAGAAUCACACAGUUCUUUCUUGUUAUUCAACCUUAGGACAUGUUGAACUACAUUUAUUUUCAUGUCACUGUUCCUUUCAAAGUCUUUGCCAUUUCAAAGUCUUAGCCAUUUUAACCCUCACCUCCAAAUCACUCCAAAAUAUUCCACUUUUAUUUUUUGUGCUAUAUAGGCUAAAGAAUAUGUACAUUAUUUGACUAAAAUACCAUAGUAAAACCUCAGUUAAGUAGAAUGUUUACAGUAUGGGGUAUUCUGAUUGAUAUAAUAUGUUGGUUGAAAAAGAAUUAAAUUCAGAUCCAGUUUGAACCUAGGAUUUUUGGAGCAGAAAGGUUAGAGAUUACCUAAUCAAAUGUCACUUUGUGAUUUGGUUUCAACCUGUUGAUUGCUUUCUAAAAUGUAUUAAUACAUUUUCCUGCCUUAAGUUAAAUAUAAUGAAAGCAAUUUCAUUGAUGAUACAGAUCUCACAUAACAUCAAGGUCAUUAUUCUGAAUAUAAUUUGUCAUUGUAGAGAACUAUAAAAGAUAAGAGAUUAGACAAAAUGUUUAUUGGUUUCAUGAUGCAAUAACAUACCCUGGACAAUAUUUUUAGUAUAUCAAUAAGAUGAAGGUCUAUUUUCUUGAGUCUGUCCCAAAAAGAGAGGGCAGAAAACUAUUCCAAUUUAGUGGAGGGUUCUGAGUUGAGUUCCACUUAACUGAGGUUUUCUUCCAUUUAAAAAUUCACCCUACAGGGGGCAGCUAGGUGGUGCAGUGGAUAAAGCACUGACCUUCGAUUCAGCAGGACCUGAGUUCAAAUCCUGCCUCAGAUACUUGACACUAGCUGUGAGACCCUGGGCAAGUCACUUAACCAUCACUGCCCUGCCCCACAAAAAUACACCCUACAUCAAUUUUUUGAAUGCUAGUGGAGAUGUACCCAUAAUGAGUGAUUUCUAGGCAAGGUGUGGAGUGGAGUGGUUCUUUUCAAUUUUCUUUAACAAUUUUUAAAAACCCAUGUUGUCAUUCAUCAAAAGAGAGAUUACAAGUGUGCUAGGAUACUGGGUAUUACAAAAUUGAUCAUCUUUCUAAGAUAUACAUGUAAUGUUAUUUAUCUUUGUGUACAAAACUAACUACCUGUAAAUCCAAGAGGUGAUUUCUAAAGCUGCAAAUUCUUCAGACAUUGUACAUGACCAGCACUUUGUGACUAUCUUAGCUUAUUUCUUAUAUAUUUGACUGAUUCACACAUUGUAGGGCAAGUAACACUAUUCUGCUACCUACAUUUUACAACAUAUACGGAUAAUUUGAUAAUCUUCUAAAUUUUACUUGGCCAGUGGAAAAUGAAGAGAUAGUGAUUAUAUUCUGUCACUCUGCUUACUUUGUGAAAAGCAGAGAAGCACAAAUUAUUAGGACUGGUUUACACAAUGCCAAAAUUUCUUUUAAAUUCACACCAGCUUUUUGUUGUGUAGACAACCUUCACAAUAGGCAUUUUGUUGUUAAAUCUUCAGCUAAAAUGACUUGGCAAAAACAUGCCAAUCCUUGGUUUAAGAAGCCUUAGAUUGCUGUACCAAAAAGUUUUCCUUGCCAGAUAAGACAACUAACUUAAACACAGUAGUUUGAUUCUGGAAUGCUCUAUUAUGUUUAUUGUGAAGAUAAGCACAAAACCUGGCCUUCCACAAAGACACCCAUUUUUCAAUAUAAUUGAAGAAUGGCAUGAUUGUAAAGAUUGUGAAAGAAUUUUACCAUAUUUAAAUUAAUUUUUGCAUAAAAAUAACUUUCUGCUUUAAUUCCUUUGAAUUAUAGCUUAUUGUUUAAAAACAUUAUAGCAUCUUAGAUUUAGAAAGGGAACUUAAAAUCCUUCUGACACUGUAAUAAAAAUAGGAUGGAGUAACUUAUGAUUUGAUUAUUCAGAUGGAAAACAACUGAAUAUUAGUAACAUCUCCCACCAAUUGAUAUAUCACAAUUAUCUAGCACUUAAUUGGGCAUUUGAAGCAGCCCAAAGAAUGUUGAAUGAGUGAAAUACUCAGGUCUUUUUUUCUUAAAAUCAUGUUUUCAAUUUCCUUUUGACUUAAAAAAAAAUGUUGACCAAAAGGUGAAUCUGACAUUCUGUCCUAGGCUACUGACUCUGCAAAGUCCAGCAUAUUGUCAGUAAUAGCCUCAUGGUAUUUUCUUUAAGAAUCUUUAUCUACACCUGGGUCCUUAAGAAUCCUUUAGACUUUCUUAUAACAUUAGAAAUGUUACUUGGUGCCUGACCCAACUAAGUUCCUAUCUAAAUAUAUCCUCAAUUCAUUUAGAUCCAUUUUUCUGCUGUUAUCAUCAGAUGGGCAGAUGGCCUAAACACUUAGAUAUAACACUUCAUCUUACUAGUGGAUUGCCAUGCUACCUAUCCUUAUCUAACCUCCUCUGAUGUGUUCUACAGUUUAGUUAUUAAAUUAAGAACCUAGGAUGAAGAAACACCUGUUAUAAUUGUUCUUACAGGAUUUUACAAUUAAUACAUGGUCACCCAACAGACACUAGGGCCUGCUUUCUAUUUUUUAAAAUAUGCACUGGUGUAAACUCAUCAAGGCUACUAGCAAAAAAAAAAUGGAAAUUUUUCCUUCAUAUUAGAGGACGUCAUUUUUGUACAUCUUUAGACUAAUAUUUGAUUUUCUGUAUGCAAGAAUUAUCUGUUUUGGGGGGAUCUCCUGCCAGAAGCUAUCUUUUAGCUGUACAAAUAUAGGUUGUGGCUCUAGUUACUGAGGGAAAUUUAUUGAUAAAAAUGACAUUUUUAAUUUUAAAAAAAUUGGAAUCUUACCUACAGAGCUAAUUUGCUUUAAAAGCAAUGAUUUUAAUCACAUUUAAGAGCUUGCACAUACUACACUUUAUGAACCUGAAAGUGAUGGGACUGAAUAUGAAUUGUUUAAGCUGCUUAAUUAUAGCAUAUUUAAGCACUAAUUGUAUCUGUUUGACCAAGGAAUGUUCUUAAAUUGCAUGACCACAAUAAAAAAGUAGAUGAUCAAUGAAUUUCAAAUACUUUUAAAAUAUAAUUUACCAUUUUCCCAAUGAUAAAAAUAUUAAAAUUCUAUUAAACCUCCAUUUAUACAUCUAUAGUUUUAAAAAAGAACACGCAUCAUAUGCAUGCAAAUGCUUGAGUCCUACAGAGUAGCAUGCUUGUUUUAAAGACCUCUUAUAAAAAAGUAACAAGAAAAUGGCAUAAUUGUCCAUAAUUUUAUCAGUCACAUGAUACAACUAAAGAUACUAAACCUAUCUUAGACAUUUUUCUACUUGAAUACAAAUCAGGAAAACUGACAUGAGUAAAAUUAAGUAGUAGUCUCUCAUGAUGUGACACCAUUGCCAUUCUAUUGUUUCAUGGUACCCUGUUGCAAUAAGGAAAACAAUUUUAAAUUAUAUUACUAACAACUAUUUAUUGGAUUCAUAAGUUUGAAGACAAUUUCAACACAAUUAGAUAAAACAACUAUGGAAUAAAAUUUCUUGUUGCAUAUCUUUGGUGCAAUAACUUAAAUGAUUUCAAUAUCUUUUCUGCACUUGAUUUUAAUGACCCAUCAGAAAAUUGUCUCAAAAAGCUCACCAUUGCCAGAAUGCAUUAUUUGUAAAGGCCAACUAAUUAAAUGGUAAAGCAAUGAUAAUGCUGAUUCCUGAGGUCUCUAACAGUCUGACCUCAAAGUAUAUCUAUUACCAUAAAAUGUUAUACUUGAAAUGGAACUUAAAAAUCAUCAAGUCCAGCUUAUAUUUAGAGACAAGGAAAAUGAGGCCCGGAUAUGUUGAUUUGCCUGAGGUCCCACAGCUAGUCAGACAAUGAAGCCUAAAACCCAGAUUUCCCAAUUCAUAGGAGUGCUCUUAAUAGCAAUCCACACUACCAGUUUGGAUCCCCACAAAUGUAAAAACAAAAUGUUCAGGGAUAUAUAUAUCUAGAUAGAUAUCUAGAUAUCUAGACAUUUUUCCAGGUAGACAUUCACUUCUUUCAGUGACUCCAAAGUCUGUCCUAUUGACACAAAACAUUACCUUAAUAGCAAAGUGUCACACUAAUAUGUAAACUUAAUACAAGCUUCCCCCAUCCAAAUGUCUUAGUAUCUUUUCCCUUACAAUGAACUUGAAUAGUAAUGCCAAUCCUUUAGUUCUUUUAAAAGAUGUCACUUAUAUUUAAAUACUUGAGUAAUGAAUGGCAGAUCAAUGUAUAAAACAAAGCAAUUGGCUAUGCUAUUUUCACCAGACACAAAUAUCCAUUAUACAGUACAAAUUUGUUAUAGCAAAACACAAGUUUUCAAAAACAUAAAUUAGGCAACUAUUUACAUCACAAAAGAGUUCAUUUUAAGGGCACUUUUAAAGAGGAAGUUCCCUUAAUACAAUUAAGUAUACUCACUUAUACUACCUGAUAAGGGAUUUGGUUGGAAGGAAGCAGAAUUGCAAAGCAAAAAUGCUACCAAAGUGCCAGGUGAAAAUCAAGCAGCAUUGACACAUCCAUGGAAUGCUACACUUUGAUUUGUAGACCAUUUUCCAGGAAUACAUGACUGUAUACAGCAAGGCAUGUUAAUUUAAACCUUAGUAGCACGGUAGCUUCUUCAAAAAGUCAAACUUUUAAUUGAGUAAGUUACUAUAGUAGUAAAGCCUCUGAGAUAUUUUUGAUUUGCACAGUCAAGGGAAAACCACUUUAGUAUGGCUGUAUGAGAUGCUAACAUUUAAAUCCAUAACCCCGAAAAACUGUAACACUCUCUAGAUGAAACCCAAGGUUGUAAGCAUGGGAACUCUAUUCUUUUGUUUACCUUGUGUAAAAUGAUAACAUUUAGUUAAGUUUCAGUUUUAAAGCAUUUCUGCCUAUGUUUAAAUCUGUUUAGUUCUAUGUAAUUAAUGAUCUCAGCAACGAGGUAUAUUUCUAUACAUGUGAAAUGGUGUGGUUGUCAUUUCUGUUCACUCUUUCCUGCUAAAUUCCUUUAAUGAGUCUUUUUGCCAUGGAUUAUCAAAAUAAUCAUAAAAAUUUUUUUAUUUUACAGUAACACUUCUUAGCUCCUAGUGCACUGUAACAAAAGACAUUAUUAUUUCUAAACAUUUGUAUCAUACCUUUGGGAUUUAAGUUAAAUAUUUUUUUCUCUAAAAAAAAAUGUUCAAGAAAGUCCUUAAGAAAAACAUUUCAAGAAUUUCUAGUUGCAACCAUGUAAUUCCCUUUGAUUUUAAUGGAAGGCAUAGUAUCAAGUGUGUAUUUGUGACUAAAAUACUAAAUAUUAGAAUUGUAAUUGGAAAAAAAGAUGUUAGAAUGUUUUCUAAUGCUGCAAUGAUACAUUUCAAAAUACUAAAACAUUGAAAAGUGCAUUUUGAAAGAAAAGCUUUUUUAAUCACUUAAAAGAUUUCAACCAUAUAAGACUAAGGAAAAAAAUCUCAUUCAUUGUACCUUUGUUUAUUUAAGUGGUAAAUAUCCUGGAAUGUUUCAAACAUAAUGAAACAGCUUACCAAAAUAUACUAUACUGUUCCCUUUGUCUUUACUCAUACUAUGUAGCAUGGAAUCACAAAGGUGACUUUGAAAUAACUGUACAGAAAUAUUUAUUUUUUAGCAAAUGUUUUCUUCAAAGAUUAUGUGAUAUUGACAGCAUAAACCAUUUGCACAAAUAGUUUUGCAAUAACCCUCUGAAAAUAACUGUAAAUAGAAAAAUUGUAAAUUGCACUGUAAAAAUUAUUGCAAUUUUUGGUAGCUAAAAAAAGCACACAGGGAGUUAAACUGUAAAAGUUAUAUUGAUAAUAUAAUGUAUAUAGAGAAUUCAAGAAUGAGGGAAAUAAUUUCUGGACUAUUUGUAUAAGAAAAGCGAAUCAUUUCAAACUCAUAAAUGAAUAUUGUUUAGACGCAUCGAAGGUGGUUGUCUGUCUUUAGAUAGUUAAGAUAGAAACUUUUUGAGGGGCUAAUUGUAUUUCCAACAUUUUUUAUUAGGUACAGCACCAGACAGAGGCAUGAUGGUGCUGAUUUAUUUUUUUAAAAAUCACUUAAUUAUAAGAACAGUGCUGCAUUUUACUGGAUCCUAUUAGGACACUGAUUACUGGGACUGUGUUGGAUGCAUGGUAAAAACUUUUACUUUUAAAAUUAAGGUAAUGUCUUUUUUAAAGUGUCUUUCUUAUAACCCAAAAGGGACACACUACAAUAGUAAUUUCCUUCAUAAAAUCAUUUGUCCUUUAUGCAAGAUUUCCAAUCUUUAAACAUACAACUUAAUUUUAAACUGAAAAUUUUAUAUAACACUGUGUAUUCGUUUCUCUUUUCCUUAGUUUGGAAAAUGAAAAAUACCUUUUUUUCAUUCACCUAAAUUUCUAUGCAUUUUUAGUCCCUUCAUUAAGGGAAAAAAAGUUGUAUUUGCAAGAAUUAUUUUCUAAUAUAUAACAUAAAAUCUAAUAGUGAAAUAGUUGCCCCCUCUAUUGAAAAUAAAAUACAAAGUAAAGCUAAGGAAUGUUUUCACUUGGCUUGAUAUCUCUAACUUUCAUUAACAAGAAACUUAAAACUGGCACAAGGAAAACACUCAUGCUUUAAAUAAAUUUUGAAACAAAAGCAAAUAUAGUAAAGUAGCAUGCACUGAGCAAAUGUCAUCAAUGAGAACUCUGUCCAAUUAGUAGGUUCUAGAAUGCAUAGGAGCAGUGCACCAAAUUUUAAAACUUCUGUCUUUUGUUAUUGGAUUACAAUUUUAGAAUCCCAGAUAUGGGAAAAAUUUAGACCAACAUUUAAAGGAGAAUGCCAGCUUAGAGUCAAUCAAUCAAAAUUAGCCCAUAUGGGGGCAGCUAGGUGGCACAGUGGUUAGAGUACUAGCUCUGGAUUCAGGAGGACCUGAGUUCAAAUCCAGUCUCAGACACCUGACAUUUACUAGCUGUGUGACCCUGGGUAAGUCACUUAACCCUCAUUGCCCUGCAAAAAAAAAUUUUAAAAUUAGCCCAUAUAUCAAAGAAAAAUGGAUUUCUAGUUUUGGGGCAUGUUUACUUGCACUGUUUAGUUACUCCUUUGAAAUUACAAUAACUGUAGCAAUGUAUAUUUUUAUAGUUAAGUAGUACUAUCUAAUUAAACUUCAUUUGCUUGUAAAGGCACAUGGCUAGCUGUAUUUGUAUUCACACAUUAUAGAGCAGACUUUAGAAAUCCUGGAAUUGUUGGAGGGUAGCAUCAGGUCAUUCUGUUUGGCACAAAUCUCAAAAAUAUGGCCACUGAAAGGUAACUUCACUACUCAAAAGGUUCCCAAGUUGCCUGUGUUUAAUCGCAUAUCUUAGUGUAAUGUGGGAACCAUAAAGAAAUUUCUCUUGCUACCCAAGUAAAUUACAUGGCAAAUUCACUACCAUACCCUGCCCAACUCACUCCCUACUAUAGAUAUGCUAAUGAAUUUCAUUAUUCCCAAAAUACAAUCAAAAGCCAAGUUGUUUUUACCAGACUAUGUGAACAGAAGUCACAUUCAGCUAUGAGUCUUUUCAUUAUGAAAUGAAAUGAAAUGAAAGGCAUUCCCCUAUGUCUCCAGGGAAAACAAAUAAAUGGGCAAAGGUUAGCAUAACUGAUGGUUUAGAAGUACAGAGCGACAUAUAAACACAGAAAGGGAGGAUGUGAGAUUUUGGAGGAAGCUUCCAAAGCUGUUGCAGAUCACUACAGCAUUAUUGAAUGCAGUGAAAAAUAGUUCAGUAGCUCAAUGUGGCAAUAUGAGCCUACAGCUUUAGGACCAUGAAAAAGCAUCUAUACAUUAUCUAAAGAAUAUUAGUCUAGGGGCGGCUAGGUGGCGCAGUGGAUAAAGCACCGGCCCUGGAUUCAGGAGUGCCUGAGUUCAAAUCCAGCCUCAGACACUUGACACUUACUAGCUGUGUGACCCUGGGCAAGUCACUUAACCCCCAUUGCCCCACCAAAAAAAAAAAAAAAAAGAAUAUUAGUCUAAAGCUCUAACUAAAGGGCAGAAUAGUCCAAAACACUUCAAUACUGUAAGAUAGGUUAUCCUUUGUUGGUCUAACUCUAUACACACACUCAAUGAAACCUUUAUUUAAAGGAGCCAAAAUAGAUUGGAUAACAUUCCCUAUAUUAUGCUCUAGUCAAAAAAAAAUCCACCACACUUUUUGAUAUUUCUUUCAAGGGAAGUCAAUAAACCACUUGUGCUGCAUUUUCAAAUGACUGGAUAGAUUUUAUUUUAAAUUACCAUCCUUGUGAGUU